GGCCGGUGCCCGGGCUGUGCCGGGAGCGCGGAGCGGAGCGGCUCUUCACUGUGAAGAUGGUCGCCGGGACGUGCGCCCGAAAGCUGGUGCGGCGCUCCAGGUCGGCGGCGCUCGUGGCGCUCACCAUCCUCUUCGUCCAAACCCUCCUGGUCUGGAAUUUUAGCAGCUUGGACGGCGAGGACAGGAGCCGCCAGGGCAGGAGGGACAGACCCCGGCACGUCCGAGAGGCGCCCGGCAAAGGCUUGCCCUUCCCCGGCGAGGGAUUGGAUGUGUUUUUUUCUCACAAGCCCAAAGAGAAAAACCGGAUCGACAGUAAUAACGAAAACUCCGUCCCUAAAGACUUUGAAAACAUCGACAAUAGUAAUUUUGGACCAAGGACUCAAAGGCAAAAGUUUCAAUCAGAGGUGAAAAGGAGAACAGCGAGCAUACAGAAGGCCAAGCACGAACAGUUGGGCAAAGCCAAGGACCAUUCACUGUUGGGCAAGCACUCCAACGAUGUCCUACACAAUGGAGACAGCAACGUCAAUAAUGCCAGCAAUUCCAAACUGUCGUACAAGACUAGUAGUCACUACAAAGUCGGUGUGAAUGGAAAAGGUUUGCAAGAGAGCCACCACGAACAAGCUCCCAAAUGCGAAAUACUGGGCAAGGAAGCCAUCUCAGCCCUGUCCCGGGCUAAGAGCAAGCACUGCCGCCAGGAGAUUGCUGAGCUCUACUGCCUUCACAGGGAAGGAAAGUUAAUGCCAGAAAAGGUGCCUCGCUUGUGUCCACUGGAGGGAAAGGCAACAAACAACAUCCAGCCAGAAGAUGACUCUUUGGAGUUACUGCCUUCACAUCCCAUCAGGAUCGCCUUUGUCUUGGUUGUUCAUGGAAGAGGUUCCCGGCAGCUUCAACGCAUGUUCAAGGCGAUUUAUCAUCAAGAUCACUACUACUACAUACACGUGGACAAGCGAUCAAACUACCUGCACCGACAAGUGUUGGGCUUCGCCAGGCAGUACCCAAACGUCCGUGUCACGUCUUGGCGAAUGGCCACCAUCUGGGGAGGUGCAAGUUUGCUGACCAUGUACCUCCGGAGCAUGCGGGACCUGCUGGAGAUGAAAGACUGGUCCUGGGACUUCUUCAUCAACCUGAGUGCUGCUGACUACCCCAUAAGAACCAAUGAUCAACUGGUGACUUUCUUGUCAAGAUACAGGGAUAUGAACUUCCUGAAGUCUCACGGCAGGGACAAUGCGAGGUUCAUCCGCAAGCAAGGCUUGGACCGGAUUUUCUUCGAGUGCGACACGCACAUGUGGCGGCUUGGAGACCGUAAAAUCCCGGAGGGGGUCACGGUGGACGGUGGCUCGGACUGGUUCCUCCUCAACAGGAAGUUUAUGGAAUACGUGACGUACUCGGAAGAUGAGCUUGUGAGCCACAUGAAGCGGUUUUACGCCUACACCCUGCUGCCAGCCGAGUCCUUCUUUCACACCGUGUUGGAGAACAGCCACAUGUGUGACACCAUGGUGGACAAUAACCUGCGGAUUACCAACUGGAACCGGAAACUGGGCUGUAAAUGUCAGUACAAGCACAUCGUAGACUGGUGUGGCUGCUCCCCCAAUGACUUCAAACCGCAGGAUUUCCAUCGUUUCCAGCAAACUGCAAGACCGACUUUCUUUGCUCGCAAGUUCGAGGCUGCGGUCAACCAGGAGAUCGUCGGCCAGCUGGACUUCUACCUGUUCGGCAAUUACCCGGCCGGCACCACGGCCCUCAAAGCCUACUGGGAAAACGCGUACGACGAGCCGGACGGUGUCCACAGCACCAGCGACAUCGCUCUGACCAUGUAUCACUCCUUCGCUCGCCUCGGCCUCAAGCGAACAGUAGCCUCCAGCCACACUAACAAAGAGGUCAACUGCAGAUAUUACCCUAUGGGUCACCCAGUCUCUGUUCACUUCUACUUCUACGCUGACCGUUUUCAGGGCUAUCUGGUGAGACACCAUGCGACAAACCUGGCUACAAGCAAACUGGAAACGCUGGAGACUUGGGUGAUGCCCAGAAAGAUGUUUAAGAUUUCGAAUCCGUCCAGCGACUUCACACGGCUGCAGUUUGCUGAGAUCGGCACGGAGUGGGACGCCAAAGAGAGAAUAUUCCGGAACUUUGGCGGCCUCAUCGGGCCCAUGGACGAGCCCAUCGCCAUGCAGAAGUGGGGCAAGGGGCCCAAUGCCACGGUCACGGUGGUGUGGAUCGACCCCGUGAACGUCAUCGCGGCGACCUACGACAUUCAGAUCGAGUCGGGGGCGGAGUUCACGCAUUACAAGCCUCCCCUCAACCUGCCUCUGCGCCCAGGGCUCUGGACGGUUAAGAUGCUGCACCGCUGGGCUCCCGUGGCUGAGACAAGGUUCCUGGUGGCUCCACUGACCUUCUCAAACAGGCAGCCGAUCAGACAGGAGGAAGCACUUAAGUUGCACAGCGGUCCACCCAAGAAUGCGUACAUGGAGCAGAGCUUCCAGGCACUGAACAACGCCUUGAACAUACAUAUCAACCCAGGCCAAGUGGAAGAGGCCAAACACAAAGCAGGACUCACGGGCUCCCAGCUGGAGAAUUGGGUGGAUUCCAUGGUGAACAGCUUGUGGUCAGCUGUGGACAUAUGCGCCAGUGGCCCCACCUCCUGCCCAGUCACGCAGACCUGCAGCCAGACUACCUGGAGUUCGCUCAGCCCCGACCCCAAAUCGGAACUGGGUCCCGUCAAACCCGACGGCCGUUUGAGGUAGCACCUAAUACACACCCCCCCCCACCCCCGAGACGUUCGUAAGACACAAAAAACUGCUGGCUGGUGGGGCUCGAGUGGCUGCGGCUGGCUCUUAUUUUUAGUUCUUAGCAGCAGUUCCAAAAAAAAAAGCGCCUUCACAGAACUGUGGCUAAACUAGAGCAGGUGCAUUUCAAUUCAAAAGGCCGUGAUAUUCACAGAGCAGCAUUGUCAGCUGUGCUGGCAAUGCCCAAGGGGCCAUCGCGUCAACAUGGUGAACAUUUAGAAGGAAAAUUUAGCACUCGUUAUUUAUUUAAACCGUUUUAGUCAGUGACUAAUGUGUAGAUGCUGCUUUUGCAGCUUGUUGUUCUCACUAUAAUCCAAUUACUAAUCUGCCUUUAUUAACAAAGGCAUGCACCCAAACAUCCUGCCUUCUCUUUCUGUACCUAGCAUAGAGGUCUGUAGAAUUUUUAAAGGGUACGUCAACAGGACUAUUUAAAUCUGAGGAUACUUAUUGCACCUACUGUACAAAGGAGAGACAACCACCUGAAAUGGGUCGUGAUGCACUUUGCUAAAAAAAAAACCCCAGUGCUAUUGGCACUAACUAUUUCAAGUACGCAGCAGAGGUUGAUCUGUUCUGAGUAUUAUUUUGCAGUCAGAUCUCAACAAAGUACUUAGAAAACGACAUGUUUAAAAAAAAGACUAAAUCCUCAAUAUAUUAGCAACCCCACCCCCAAGUAAUUGCUUGUGUUUAUUACGGGCAGAAUUUUAGAUUGUAUUUUGAUACCUUUUUGAAUUCGAAUCCUCUGCGAUGCCACGUUUUGUUUUUAGAGAAAUAGCUCAUCGUGUCCAGUAUUUGCAAAAAAAAAAGAAAUCUAUACAGUGUAUGGCACUUUCAACACAGAACAAAACCAAAUGUCUUGACUUCAAAGAAUCCCUGCGCUUUACAGACACCUCUGUGAAGCGCUUUGAGGGGGUUUGGAUGUGAUAAGACGCUGCAUCAAAUGCAAGGAUUACUAAUACUGUAUUAACCCAACGGUCCAUUAUUAAGUGGGGCUGAAAAUGCGGAUUCUGUAAUGAAACAUUGCAAUGUGUCGAUUACUAUUAAGACAUCACUUAUGAUGCCAUCUCUUCUUGUCCCUUCCUGCGAUUUGUGUGGCAGUCAUUCUUUGAUUCGAAUAGGGACAGACUGGGGGUUGCUAAUUGUAUUGAAUUUUCCAGGGUUUGGUAAUUGUUCUGUGCCAUAAGCAUCUCUUUGUUCUCUGCAAGUAAAGCCCCUCUAUAUGUCUGAAUUGCUUCCCCUGUUACAUCAGGGCAGUCCUGCCAGUACCCGCUCCUAUUUACUUUAUCCCUUAGGACGAAUUUGCUCACUCAAGACAACACCCUGAACAUAAGGCCC